CAAUUUAUAGCUUGGUGAUAAAUCGCUUCCUCAGACGAGCAACAGUCCAGCCAGAGUGUUUACGAUCUACCUAUCGUUUGUGGAUCAACCUCCUGAUUGCCAACAUGUACAACGGGAUUGGUCUCUCCACUGCCAGAGGUUCUGGGACAAAUGGCUACGUUCAACGUAACCUCUCAUCUCUCCGCCCCCGAGAGAAGAAGCACGAUAUCCCUUUUGAAGAACAGCGACCUCCUCAGAUUCGAAAACCCAACCAGGAGAUCCUUGAUCAUGAAAAGAAGAGGGAGGUGGAAGUCAAAUGCUUGAUGCUCCAGGAUCAGCUCGAAACGCAGGGUCUAUCUGAAGAGGAUGUGGAGGCUCGUGUCAGCAGCCUGCGUAGUGAACUGCUUAACAAUCUGGAGAAAAUGAAAAAAGAUGUAAAAAAAUUACAAGAAUACCAGGUUCAUCAGAUGGCUGAGGCAAAGGAGAAGGCCAACGCUAGGGCCAGAAGUGCCUUUGGAAUUGGUGACGACUUUGUAUCUGGAGCCGCUUUUGACAAGGAGCUUCAGGAGCGUCUUAAACAGGAGCGACUUCAGGAAAAAGAACGCAAAGAAGAAGAAAGAAAGCAGCGGAUGGAGGAGCUGGAGAAACGACGCAAGAAGGAGGCCAAACUUGCGGAAAAGGCGGCGAAGCAGGCGGAAGAGGAACGAAAGCGACAAGGAAGGACUCGUGACGGGGAUCUAGAACGGGCCAGGGACAGAGAGAGGGAAAUGACACGAAGAGGGGAUACAGAGCACGCUGGAAGCGGAAAUGGCCGUGAUUCUGACCACUACGAGAGCAAUCGACGUUAUCGUUAUGACGACUACGACCGUGAUAGGCGACGGCGAUAUUCCAGGUCUGGCAGCCGCGAGGAUCCCCGGCGUACCCGACGUGAUGAGCGUGAUUAUGAGGAAAGGGAACGGAAGGGGGCCGGCUCUCGAUCAAAAAGUCGCGAGGAUGGUGAACUGCGACGACGCAGCUUUGCGAGGGACGAGUAUCAUGAAACGAAGCGGAGAGCUUCCAGGUCCCGUUCCAGUAGUCGUGAGGAGGUUGAACGAAGGCGUCGUGCUGCGCGGGAUGACGAGGAUGAAGAGUGGAGGCGAAGACGGCCUCGAUCCAGAUCUACCAGUCGUCAUGAGGACGGUCGCUCCCGCCGCCGUGAUGAGGAGGAAUAUGAUCGAAAGCGAAAACGCUCUAGGUCCAGCAGCCGUGGGGACUAUCAGCGUGUGCGCCGCAAUCGGUCAGUUGACGAGCAACGAGGUCGCAGGAGGACACGAUCCCGAUCCAGUAGUCGUGACUCCGUCCCACUUAGAUCCAGUCGCCGACGCAGUCCCUCAGAAUCUUCGAGUCGUUCUCGCAGUAGGAGGAGUAGCUCGAGCGGGAGCAGUGUCCGAAGUUCCAGCUCCGACAGCAGAAGCACCAGUAGCGGCAGCGACAGGAGUCGGAGCAGGGAACGCAGGCGUUAAAUCUCUUUUCAUGUAGUUGUCAUGUGGCUACAAAGGGUUGGUCAAUGUUGGAAAUUCUUGUGAUACAACCUCUCAGUGCAAGGCUCUAGGAGUACCAUUUGAACGGUGAUGAGGCUCCACUUGACAAGACGGGCUUAUCCCUGAGCAAUAUAUUAUCUGUACAUGAAUGCGAAAAAAUGAUACUAGAGCUGUAACGAAAAACCAACUAAUUACAAAGCGUACACACAAUAGCCCUGAUCAACAACCAAACCAG